UCAAUGUCCCGUAUACCCGUCCCAUCCCACCACGUCUCCCAACAUAUUACCCGCAACCAAGCACCGUCUCCAACUCCAGAUCACCAAAUGUCCUCUCUCUCCUUCCAGAGUGAUCCUAGGAAAAAACAGUCAAAGAGGGAUGAGGCCAUCCGUAAAAAGAUAGAGUCCGAGCUCUCGCGCAAACGCACCAUCUCUACCACUCAGGGACAACGCUCUAAGCGUGGUGUAGGAAAGGCAACCCCAGCCAAAGGCACCGUCGCCGCCCUCAAGCCCAGCCCUGCCCUUACCGUUCCCGAGAACAUCACCGUUGCGGAAGCCAGUCAACUCUGUGCUGCAAAACGCACAGAUUGCGUCCUCGUUGUUGAUGACGAGGAAGGACUGAGUGGAAUAUUUACUGCCAAAGAUUUGGCGUACAGAGUCACCGCUGAAGGUCUCGAUCCCCAUACGACUCCCGUCAGUCAAAUCAUGACGCGCAACCCCAUGGUCACUCGCGAUUCUACGAGUGCAACCGAAGCUUUGCAACUCAUGGUGUCCAGGCAUUUCAGACAUCUGCCUGUUUGUAACGAAGAUGGCAACGUCGUCGGCUUACUAGAUAUCACAAAGGUCUUCCACGAGGCUCUUGGCAAAGUUGAGCGAAGCUCUGCUGCCUCCGAACAGCUGUUCAGCGCCAUGGCUGGCGUUCAGUCCGAGCUCGGGGGAGCCGUAGGAUCCAAUCCUCAGGCUGCAGCCAUGCUCGCAUGGGCCGAGAAACUCCGGGAGAAGACUGCUUUGCCAGAUCUCACCACCGUUAUGGACUCGCGCACGCAGCCGGCUACCGUCGGCCCCAAGACGACUGUCCGCGAGGUUGCAAAACUUAUGAAGGAAAGAAGAACAACCGCGGUCUGCGUUAUGGAGACUGCAGGUCCGGCAAGUCCCGGGUUACCUGCCGGGUCAAGGAUUGCUGGUAUUUUUACGAGCAAGGACGUAGUUUUGCGAGUGAUCGCUGCUGGAUUAGAUGCGGGAAGAUGCAGUGUUGUUAGGGUCAUGACGCCCCACCCUGAUACCGCUCCUCCUACUAUGAGCGUUCACGAUGCUUUAAAGAAGAUGCACAAUGGGCAUUAUCUCAAUCUGCCAGUCAUUGAAGAGGACGGUCGUCUCGUAGCCAUUGUUGAUGUUCUAAAGUUGACUUAUGCAACUCUUGAACAGAUGAAUGCUAUGGCUGGUGGGGAUACCACGUCGACUGAAGCAGAGGGCGGCCCUAUGUGGGGUCGUUUCUUCGACUCUAUCGGUCAUGAGGAUACGGAGUCUCUCUUUUCAGGCUCUCACGUCACUCGAGAUCACCGCUCCUUCUCCUCGAUCAACGACUUGCACCUACAGCAGUCUCCCCAUUCCGAAGUUCACCCCAAUGAUUCGGCUUCAGUCAUAGACGACGACCCCGUCUCCGUUCUGGACGGAUAUCCACGACACAAGGGGCUUAACAUCCCGUCAGGUGCUGCGCCAAUUCCCGUUGAUGAUGGCACCUAUGUCUUCAAGUUCCGAACUCCCAGCGGCCGCACUCAUCGCUUCCAGGCUCGCCACGACGACGUUGAGCAUCUCCGUGAAAUUGUUUCGGGAAAACUUGCUACGGACCCCUUCUUCACUGAAUUCCAGCCCAAGAAUGAGGACUCGCCCAAGCCAGACCCGAUUGAUUUCCACCUGUCCUACACCGAUGCGGACGGUGAUACUGUUUUGAUCACAUCGGACGACGAUAUCACGGACGCAGUGAAAAUUGCGAGGACCGCUGGAACUGAUAGGGUGGUGCUAUUUGUGCAGGGCGGGAAGGGCUGGGCAGAGGCUGGUGCAGAUAAGAGCGAAGCCAAGGCAGCAGCCGUUACCGCUGCAGCGCAAAAGGAAGUCAAGGAGGUGGAGAAAGCAGAGGAGAUUAUUGUCGUGACCCCUCCUCCCGUUGAAGCACCUGUCGCUCAAACACCACCAGUUCAGACACAUCGCCCACGUGCACCACCACCUGCGGAGGAAGUGUUCGGCAUCCCCAAAGACUUGUUGCUGCCCGCGAGCAUUGGAGCUUUGGCCGUGGUCAUCAUUGGCAUUUUCACGAUCUCCAGGCUGAGCUCCCCAUCACACUAUUAGCCCCCAUUUUUUUCAACGGAAAACAUUAUGACUUCACCAUACUUAUAUUUCCUAUAUACACAAUCUUUUGACGACUUUCAACGACUCCGUUUCGCUACCUUUCCCAUAGACUAAGUAUAAUUUUCUCAUUUACCAGCGAAUUGAUAUGAACG